UCUGUCGAAAAAUAAACACAUAUUUUGUAAAAUGAAUCCAGUCUGCAAAUUGAACAUUGACAGCUCGGAGUGCCAGCACUGGAUGGGGGAGGUGUGCGCCCAUUGCAGCAAGCUGCUGGCCAAUGAGGAUGUGGAGCUGUGGGACGCCUGGUGGCCGAACGAGUUCCCACCCUACAACCCCGUACCACACUUCAUGUCCGCCUUCGAGUGUCACAAGCUGAAGCGGGAGGUGGCCCGCCAGGUGGACCAGCAGGUGUUCGAGGCGAGCGAUGCCUACAAACGGCAGCAAUUCUUCUGGCAGGUCGGCAUGGUGCUCAUCAUAGUGUUGCUGAUUAUUGUCAUCAUUGGCUGCAUCGGACGAAUUCUGAAGCACCUUUUGCGAGGCAGCAGACAGGAGACCAACAGCCUCCUGUGCAGCGAUGGACCGGACGAUAUUGAGUCCAGGAGCUUCCUCCUCCCCUACAGAGACAGGCGCAUGGGUGAGGCAGAGUCCCGCAUACGUGGCAUGUGCAAGAAUCAAAAGACACAGAGAAGCCCUUCUCGGCCGCAUCGAUCCAAGUUUGCAGUUUCUUUUAGCGGCGACGGCGAUUACAAGGGCCCAGAGCCCUAUAGGGGGCCAGAUAUUGUGGUGCCGCGCUUCAGACACUGAACAGCGCCAUCGAAGGCGUGGAACAGUCAAGCAAUAGCUGCCACGCCCACAGAAAUCCACUGACACCGACGUGCGAACUAAACGGCGACCCAAACAAAAGCAAAGCCAAGCCAAGCCGUAGCCAAAAAAAAAACCGACAACAAAUUCAAAAGCUGUCGUAGUUGUGCUCAAUCGCGGCGAAGAUUUAUGAAAUGUGUGAAGCCCCUCUUUCCCCUCGAUUUCCUUUUUGAUUCUGCGGACCACAAACAACGGCACAGAGCGCAGCGGCAUAAAAACAAAUAAAUAUUGUCCUCCCGCACAGUGGCCCCCACAGAUGAUUAGCCGAAUGUGAAUCUGAUUCGAUUAGAGCUUAGUUCUCUUUUAAGUGAUCUGGUAUUAUCUAAAAAUCUUUAUUAUUUAUAACUUUUGUUUAUACUUCUCACUCGUUUAUUAAAGAAGGCUUUCUAAUA